CAUUUUCCCCCAUUUCUAAAAUCCUAUCCUAAGACACCAAGCAAUACUUUCUUCCUUCAUAUUUUUUUCCUAAUUACAAGUCAAACAAAACUCCCAUAAAUCAGUGCAGUAAGUACUAGCUACCACCAUCUGUAGAGAGAGAAACACAGAAAAAAGAGGAGAGAGAGAGAGAGAGAAAGAAAAAGAAAACAGUAUUAUUAUUGUUAUUAUGAACUCUGAAUUUGAAGAUCAAAUGGUACUCAUUUCUCAGUAUUAUCCAGACGGGAUGUACAACAACCACCACUUCGUACCGGAACAAACUGGUGGUGGUGCGGCGGCGGGGGUGGUGAACUCGAAGCCGCGGCGGAGGCGGAAGAAGAACAAAGGCGGCGGCGGCGACGAAGGUUGCGGCGGGGUUGAAGGGAUGCUGAGGAAGAGGAAGCUGAGCGAGGAGCAGGUUAACAUGCUGGAGCGGAGCUUUGGGAGCGAGCAUAAGUUGGAGUCGGAGAGGAAAGAUAAGCUGGCGGCGGAGCUUGGCCUUGACCCCCGCCAGGUGGCGGUUUGGUUCCAGAACCGCCGUGCCAGGUGGAAGAGCAAGAAACUCGAGGAGGAGUAUUCCAAGCUCAAGGCGGAGCAUGAGAGCACCGUCGUCAAGAACUGCCACCUCGAGACUGAGCUUUUGAAGCUCAAGGAACAACUAAACGAAGCGAACAGGGCGAUACAGAUGCUAUCGGAGCAGCGAUCGGACGGAUUUUCGAGCAAUAGCCCGAGCUCGUCGUUCUCGAUGGAAGGACUAGGGAAUGUGUUUUACGCGGCGGAAAACAACUAUUUUCAUGGAAUGGAAUGGGACAAUAACAUCUACUAUAUGUAAAUAUUUAAUUAUGUCGUAUAAUUAAGUUAGUAUCUCUAGUUAAUAUAACUAUGUAGAUAGUCACUAAUUAAUUAUAUGUAAAUUAAUUUAUCUUUUUUAAUUGUGGGGUUAUUAAUAAUUAGGUGAUGUGUGUGUAUGUCAAGUGCUUAGUAGUACUAGUACUAGUAAUUAGCAAUUAUUAGAUUGUUAUUCAUUGUGAAUUAAUUUGUGAUCAAUCAAUUAAUUACCAUCGCUUUCGUUUUGA